AUGUCGGUUGGUUCACGAAGCCGAACAGGAUGCCUCACAUGCCGAAUAAGAAAGAAGAAAUGUGAUGAGCAGCGACCAGCAUGUCAGACAUGCCAUUCAAUUGAAGUGACUUGUUUUGGCUACAAUGCACCUCUACCAGCCUGGUUUACCACCAAAGCGAGCUGGGAAGAGGUGAAGGAUUCUGCCGAGGCUAAAGCUCUCCGAAAUCUUGCUGCGACUCGGUAUAAAAUACGGAGGAAAUUUGGGUUGAAGAAAGGCAAUGUUCUUCCUGCUACCGCUCUUCUCAGAGACGCCCAAGGGAGUGACUUUGGUGGGAAUCACCUUGCCCAGGCAACGGCAAAACUUACAGAGACCACCACUAGUACAGUUACGAUAUCAUGUUCAAGGACUGUGGUCACCCCGAACAUAUGGCAGCUUUAUCCAGAGAGUAUCUGGUGGGACAGUGCUAUCAACAAUCUAGUGCCAGGAAGCUCAUGUUCUCAUCGACAAAACACACGACUACUUACGAUGUUCUUGGAAGUCAUUCAUCCAAUCACACAUGGCUUUUACCAACUCCCAUCAAACAAAGAUCGAAGCUGGCUUCUCGCUCGCCUGGUCGGUGACGAAGCUCUAUACAAUAUUGCCUUGAGCGUCAGUGCUUGUUUUGAUCACUCAUUGACUGAACCACCGAAGACCGAUAGUAUUGGGAUCUGUCCCCAGGUCAGGAGAUUGCAAAAUCGAGCUAUUGCGCAGUUGCACCCCAGAAUCCACAAAUUCGUGACCGAGGAAAACCAAUCUCUGGAAGAACUGAUCUGCCUGGGGCUAUCACUCCUUGAUGUCGUUCUCAACCUGAUCAAUCUCGAAAUAUUCAGCAUGCUUCAGGGGUACUGGGAGAUCCACUACCAGGCUGCAAGACUGCUAUUGAACGACAUUGAAUUGAGAUCGCUAUCGAAAGUGGAUAGUUCGACCAAACUGAAUGAUUCUCCCAUAGGCUCUCUCCUGUCAUCAUCGUCAAUCGACGAUCAGCAGAAACGGUCCAUGGAGUUCUGCAUUAUGAACUUCGUAUGGAUUGAUGUCAUCGCUAUAUCUACCUUUGGGGUCACCGCUUAUUCUCCCUGCGCUUUCGACUAUCUUUCUCUUCUUAAAAACGGUGUGAUCGAGACACAGCGUGCCAUGGGGUGUCAAGGAUGGAUAAUGGCGAUGAUUGUGGCAAUUGCGAGACUGGAACCAGCGAAGUCGACGCAAUGUACCCAGGGCACUACAAUCCAUCCCAUGGUGGACGUGACGCAACGAGGACUCCAGCUAGCAGAAGAACUGAAAUCUGGCCUAGAGAAACUCGAAAAGGAAAGGGAUCAGUUCAAUGGGCCAGCUGUUUCCAAUCUUGACGAGGAUAUUAGACUUUGUUUCUCUGGCCAUAUAAACCCUGGAACACCACUGGGACGCAUUGAGGAUGUAUAUGGUCGAUCGACGUACAUCGCAAAUCCUCCGGACGGGAAAGCGCCGAAGGGGAUCAUUGUGAUCAUCCCUGAUGCCUUUGGGCAAGAAUUCGUCAACAAUCAGAUCUUGGCUGAUCAUUAUGCUUCGAUGGGACAGUAUCGAGUGUACCUUCCAGACUUUAUGGAUGGUGCAAAGAAACAAACUCCUGUCGUGAACCUGGGAACAUACUCACAAAUCUGUAGCUACUAUUUCAUCAAAGUUGUCAUCGAUUUCGUCCCGCAUUUGAUCAGGAACAGGUUCGGAGUAUGCUGGCCGAGAGUGACAUCCUUCCUCCGGGCCCUGCGUGAGGACAAGAGUACCACACUCCCAGUCGGGAUUGCAGGCUUCUGCUGGGGUGGGCUGUAUCCAUUCAUCCUGAACCACGAUCGACCCGAUGCGAAGACGAAAGACGGUCGGCCUUUGGCAGAUGCAUUCUUUGCCGCCCAUGCCAGCAGCGUCACUGUUCCGGGGGACAUGGAGGCAAUCACCAUGAAUCUGUCAUAUGCAAUAGGCGACGACGAUGCGGUGAUGAAUAUGCAGCAGGUCCGCCAGUUGCAGGAAAUACUGGCGCGUAAGGAAAACGUUGACUCGGAAGUUGUCAUCUAUCCAGGAGCGCAACAUGGCUUUGCGGUUCGUGCUAGUCGAACGGAGCCUGAUGCGAAGGAGACCAAGCAGGCGGAGGAGGCAGAGAAACAGGCCGUUGCGUGGUUUCAGCGGCGGUUUGAGGCUAUCAAGACCGCAGCUGCCUCUUAA